AUAAUUUGUAGUCCUACUUUUCCUUUACGUUUUUUGGUUUCGUCGUUUCUUUUUUCGUUACUGGACUAUUACACGGUCCUGUUAGAGUUCUAUUUCCGAGUGGACACUGGUUCUCCAAACUAAAGCAAGUACUAUAGAAAACAGAUACUUGAACCACCGCCCUCUUUCUUCCUCUCCGUCAGCCACAUACGACCAAGCGACUCUUUCUCCCAGCAGAGAUUAACUUUGCAGACAAGACCAAAUACUACUCAUAACACUUAACAGUCCACUAAUUAGCCCGCUGUAGAUACAGAAAAUAUAACAAAAACCCAUAUACAAAAACUCUUUAAAACCCCAAGAUUUUUGAAGAAUUGAAGAGAUGGGAGCUGAUAUACCCUAUUGUGGAACAGAGUUUGUGCUGUAUGUAUUUGCAAGUUUGGGUUUGGUAUUGCUUGCUGGGCUUAUGGCUGGCCUUACUCCUGGCCUUAUGUCUCUUGGUCUUGUGGACCUUAAGGUUCUUAUCAAGUCUGGGCGGCCUCAAGAUCGUAAGCAUGCUGGACAGAGGAAAGGUUAAUGCAAAAAUCCAAUCUGAAAGAUGUGAAGACGAAUGUGAUGAAGCUGUUCUGCUCAAGUGUGGAUUUAGGAUGUUGGGUGCAGACUUGCUCAAUGAUACUAAGAUGCUGGAGAUUAAUAAUGGUGCCAAAGAGCUUAACAUCCCCACCAGCGAUGCCAACAGGAAACUGGUUGCUUCGGACAAUGGGGGCUUGCAGAACCCAUCUUAUUUGAUAUUUAAUCCUGUGUGGGAUUCUAAAGGAGCACCAAGUCCUAACAAAAGAUUCAACUAUCCAUCAGUGCCAGGUGUGCAGAAGCCAAUUUCUGAUGAAGACAUUGCUUUUAUGACUGUUCUUGAACUGGGGCAACUCAUUAAGACCAAACAAAUUUCAUCUGAGGAGCUUACAAAGAUUUUCCUGAAGAGGCUAAAGAGGUAUAAUCCUGUUCUUGAAGCUGUAAUCACUUUCACUGAGGAACUGGCAUACAAGCAAGCCAAGGAGGCUGAUCAUCUGCUGUCCCAAGGAGUGUAUUUAGACAACCAAAUACACCACGUAACAGCAGCACCACCGUGCAAGAUCCUAUCACCACCAUAGCCCGCUGUCUCUCUCUUCAUCUAGGCAAGCUCCUGUGCUACUUUUCAUUCCAUCUAUCAAGAACACUACUUAAUUCAUCUCCC